CCUGAGAAUUUAGGUGACCUUUAGAAAGGGGAUUUAUAUCCAUCAUCGACUCUUCUGAAACACUCAUUUUAGUGAAGUACAGCCCAAGCCUCUGGCGUCAUUAACUACGGAUGCUGUGAAAUCAACUAAUCACAGAGACGCCCAUUGUAACCUAGAUUGAAUAGAGCGCAACCCUUGCUCAAUAUGGCUUCCGCAGACUCUUCCCUUAGGUGGAAACACCUCCACAAGGUAUUAACUAGGCCGGGACCUUUCAGCGAUGAAGACUGGGUGCCUGGUCCAGAGACCAUUGGUGCUUUGGAGACAUCAAAAAUCCUAGUUAUCGGGGCUGGAGGUUUAGGAUGUGAGAUCCUGAAGAACCUUGCUUUGUCAGGCUUCAAGGAUAUCCAUGUUAUUGAUAUGGAUACCAUCGACAUCUCUAAUCUAAAUCGUCAGUUUUUAUUUCGCCAAUCUGACAUCGGCAAACCUAAAGCCGAGGUUGCCGCGGCUUUCGUAGAGAGACGAGUCAAAGGUGUCAAAAUUACACCUUAUGUAGGGAAGAUUCAAGAUAAGGAUGAGGAUUACUACAUGCAGUUCAAGAUAGUCGUUUGCGGUCUCGAUAGCAUAGAAGCGAGACGAUGGAUCAAUGCCACCCUUAUUGGCAUGGUUGAUCCUGAGAACCCUGAGAGCCUGAAGCCUCUCAUUGAUGGAGGAACUGAAGGCUUCAAAGGGCAAGCGCGUGUUAUUCUACCAACCCUGUCUUCGUGCAUUGAAUGCCAGCUUGACAUGCACGCGCCCCGCCCUGCGGUUCCGCUGUGCACAAUUGCGACUAUCCCUCGGCAGCCCCAACAUUGUAUCGAGUGGGCGCACCAGAUCGCCUGGCAGGAAAAGCGCAAGGACGACCCAUUCGAUAGUGAUGAUCUUGACCACAUUGGUUGGGUGUAUAAUGCAGCUCUUGAGCGAGCAAAGCAAUUUCAUAUUCACGGAGUCACCUUCCAGAUGACCCAGGGUGUAGUCAAGAACAUUAUUCCUGCAAUCGCCUCCACAAACGCCGUCAUUGCCGCUGCGACAACAUCUGAGGCUUUAAAAAUCGCCACAUCGUGCAACCCGUACCUUGAUAACUAUAUGAUGUACGCCGGUGAAGAAGGUGUGUACACAUAUACGUUCGAGGCUGAAAAGAAGCCGGAUUGCCCUGUCUGUGGCAACCUCGCGCGAAAUAUGACCGUUGAUCCGGACAUGACGCUACAAGAGUACAUCGACACUCUUGGCGACCUGCCGGAAGCUCAGCUUAAGAAGCCUAGCAUGAGAACGGAAGAAAAGACCCUCUACCAGCGUUUCCCCCCCCAAUUGGAGGAACAGACCAGGGUCAAUCUGAACUCUAAGCUUAGGGAUUUAGUAGAAGACGGGCAAGAGAUAGCAGUCAGCGACCCCGCUUACACCAUCGAUUUCCGCUACCGGUUGUUGUUCAAAUAAGAAUACCAACUUUUCACUCUUCAUAUGAGAUAUGAGUCGUUACGAUAAAUACAAGACAUUCUUACUAGAUCAAGGCUUCAAUAUCAAUUGUGAAUUUUCUAUGUGACAAAAAUCGCCCUAUCCAGA